UUGUAAACAAGCAACAAGCAACCACUACCGCCGCAACACACCGCACCGCACUCGACUCGACAAUCCCACCUUGUCUCGUCUUGAUCGGCCGCUUCGGAAACUAUUUCAAAUCGGGUCCAAGCGCAAGCAAAUGCCUUGCUAAUUGGUUGAGACGAUUCGUCUGCCAUCGUUGCAACGGAGGUGAUGUCACGUUCGUUUCUUUCGUGCCAAAGCCGAUGUUGCGCUGCAAACUGAGGCUCCGUUCGGGAUACCGUCAUGGCGUCUGAGGAGUUUGAGUGCACACAGGUCUUACACACCUCAUUUGACACAUCGUGCGAGGAUCUCUCCGCAACCAAAGUUCAGGUUGCUACACUAAAAAUAAAUGAAGCUGAAUACUCAAUUUUUAACGGUGACACGAAAAUAGGCAGAGACCCAAAACAGUGUUUAGUAGCUAUCGACAGAAAGAGUGUUUCUUCGCACCAUGCACUGAUUGAGGUUGAAUCGGGCCAUCAUAUUAUUUGUGAUUUGGGGAGCAGCAAUUCCACCCGUCUUAAUGGAAUGCUUCUCAAACCUAAUGUGAGGUAUAACUUACCAGAUGGUGCUAUUGUCCAAGUGGCUGACUUGCGUGGCACAUACCAUAUUUUACCUCUCAAGAAACCUGAAAUGGAAACAUCUGUUCAAGAUAUAUUUGAUUCACCUUGCAACAAGAUUAAUACUCCUAAGCGUUUCAGUUUGAAUGACUCUGAUGAUAUUAUAGAAAGUACUCCAAUGAGGAAAGUGUUCAAAAAGCCAUUCCCUAAAAUACAACCAUCCACUUUGAAUGAAUCAGUCCAUCUGCAAGACACCAUCUAUGGAAACCAAAAUGAUAUGCUCUAUGAAGCAGAAACACAAAUUGGAUCCGAUCUGGAAAAUGGAAGCAGGAACUCGUCAUCAAUAUUGUCUGAAACUUUAGAUGACAGUGUUGCAGUAAGGGAUGCUCCUUCUUUCUUUGUUCCUUGCACUCAAGAUAUGCUCUCUGAAUCAAGCUUAAAUCUGCAUUAUGAUACUGACAAAAGUGUAGAUGCUUCAACAUCAGAAACCAAAGAAGGUACUGUGCCAACAGAUUCUGCAAAACGAGAAGAAUCCAGUGAGCAAGGCGAAGUGGACCUGUUUCUUAAUGCUGAAGAGCAGACUGUCUCUGAUCCCAGUGGUUCCAAUAAUUGUCAAUCUGAAUACGACAUGGAUUGUGAGGAUCUAGUUAAACAUGUGGAGAAAAUUGAAAGGAGUCUCAGCUCAGAAAGCAUGAAUGCUUCCAGAUGUCAAGAAACUAUGGAUCAUCUUUCUCCAAAUAAACAACCUGCAGCUGAUAGACAUACUGAAAUGCAAAAUUCUUGUUCUGCACAUGAUUCUUCAACGCGUUUGACAGAUGCCAAUGGAAGUGAUGAAAUCAAAUCAUGUGCUGAGGGAGUAGAGAAUCCCAACAAUAUCCAUGAUGAAACAGAUGAGGAAGGACUUGUCAGGGAUAGUUCCAAUGCGAAUAUUCAUGAUGCUAAAACACAAUGUUUACCAGGAGGUGUUGACUCGGAACCAGAAACAGGUAGUGUGAACAUGCAUGCCAGUGAUGGUACCCUCAAUAUUCAUGAUGCAAAGACUCAAAUAGUAAGUGCUAAUGAUACAGACUCCGAAACUGAUGAGGAGGGAGUGUAUGGAGCUUGCACUGAAAUGCCGCAUCAUCCAGGUUCAUCUGUUGCUUCCAAAGGUGAGAAGAAAGAUUCUGAUGAUAUUCAUGAUGCAAAGACUCAAUUUGUGUCCGCUGAACAUUCGGACUCAGAAACCGAUGAAGAGGGAGUGUAUGGUGCUAGUACUGAGAGGGCACCUUUAUAUAAUACCUCUGAGAAAAACAUUUUCAAGAAGAAAAAUGCUGAAGAUAUUCACGAUGCCAAAACUCAAAUUGUGCCUGUGAACAAUUCUGACUCAGAAACUGAUGAGGAAGGAGUGUAUGGUGCUUGCACUGAAAAACCACAAAUUUUGGCUUCAGGUGAUACUUCUGAAGAUACCGCCGCAGAAAAAAGCAAAAUGGAAGAAGUUCAUAAUGCAGAAACACAAUAUGUUGUUGCAAAUUGUUCAGCUUCAGAUACGGAUCAUGGUGAUAUUUACAGGGCUGGCACAGAAAAGCCUGAGAGCCUUCAUAACAUUCAUGAUGCCAAAACUCAACUCUUCACCAUUGAAAGUGCCUCAAACUCCCAGCUAGAUUCUGAAAGCAUUUUGGAUAUGAACACCAAUGAAGGAGAAGAAGCCGAUAUUCAUGAUGCAAAGACACAAAUGGUGUCCAAAAUUUCUGACUCAGAAACGGAUGACGAGAGAGUAUAUGGUGCUUCCACUGAAAGACCAGGCAAUGUGGCUGUGGGCUCUGCUUCUGAAGAGGACAUUUCUGCCCACAAAGAAUCACGGGAUAUUCAUGAUGCCAAGACUCAAAUGGUUUGUGCAAAGGAUUCUGACUCAGAAACAGAUGAGGAGGGAGUUUAUGGUGCUUGCACUGAGAAACCAGGCAAUUUAGCUACAACAUUUGCUGUGGAAAAGGGUGGUUCUGAAGGCAAAGAAUCAGAAGAUAUUCAUGAUGCCAAGACUCAAAUGGUUUGUGCAAAGGAUUCUGACUCAGAAACAGAUGAGGAGGGAGUUUAUGGCGCUUGCACUGAGAAACCAGGUAAUUUAGCUACAACAUUUGCUGUGGAAAAGGGUGGUUCUGAAAGCAAGGAAUCAGAAGAUAUUCAUGAUGCAAAGACUCAAAUGGUGCUUGCUAAUGAUUCUGACUCAGGAACUGAUGACAAUCAUGUGUAUGGUGCUUGUACUGAAAAGGCAGAACACAUUGAUAACAUUCAUAAUGCUCAAACGCAACUUCUCACCCUUAAUAGAGCCACAUCACAUAUUGUCAAAAGCAAACCUGGCAGUAUUGGCACUAAGAAUACUAAUGGUGUUGAAGUAGAAGAAGACAAUGGUAUUCAUGAUGCGAAGACUCAGAUGUUAAUCAGCAGUUCGCAUUUAAAAAUUGAUGAUUUAGGUCCAGGUGAAAAUUUUGAAGAAGCUGAUUCAGAGAAGAAAGAUUCAGACAAUAUUCAUGAUGCCAAAACUCAAAUUGUACAUGCUAAUGGCUCAGACUCAGAAACAGAUGAGGAGGGAAUGUACGGUGCCUGCACUGAAAGACUUACUUCAGCAAAAGCUUCUGAAGAUAUUCAUGAAGCAAAGACGCAAGUAGUAUCUGUCAACGAUUCUGAUUCAGAAACUGAUGAGGAGGGAGUUUAUGGAGCUUGCACUGAGCAACACCUUGAUGUUGCUUUAACCAAUGCUUCUGAUGCAUCUGUCGCCGAGAAAAAAGGAUCAGAAGAUAUUCAUGGUGCAAAGACUCAAAUCAUUUCGGCAAAUGAGUCAGGUUCAGAAACGGAUGAAGAGGGAGUCUAUGGAGCUUGUACUGAGAGGAUUCCUGAGAUGACUGUGGACAGUGUAUCUAGUGCAAGCAAAACACCAAUUAUGUCUAAUAACACUCGUUCAAAAACCUUUGACAGCAAAGAAGAAGCCAACAAUAUUCACAUUGCCAGUACUGAGAUGGCUCAAUUCACUGUUGAUAAAACUGGUACUGCUGGCAACCAGACAUCUGAUAGUGCAUUUUAUGAUGCAGAGACUCAAAUAUUACCAGAGCUUCUCUCAAAAUCUGAAAAUGUACAUCAUCAAAAUGUUGCAAAACAAUCUAUUGCUCUAAAGGCAAGUCCAAAAAAGAGACUCUCACUCUCUUAUAGGAAGAAAAUGGGAGGUGCAAAUGAUGACUCCAAGAGAAGAAGUGUCAGCCCUUCCAAAGGUACUGAUCAAACUAAUGAAGAUAAUAUUUCUACUGCAGCAACACAGUUGUUACCAAAUAUUGAAGAUGAUAUUUCUACUGCAGCAACACAGCUGUUACCAAAAGUUGAAGAUGAUAUUUCUUCUGCAGCAACACAGAUGUUACCAAAAGUUGAAGAUGACAUAUGCUCUGCAGCGACACAGAAAUGUGAAAGCCCUAGAUUUAGCAGAAGAUUAAAGGGCAUAACCGCUAAUGAGACUGCUCACUCUUUCGACUCGCCAAAAACUCCCAGUCUCCGUCAAAUUCGAAACACUGACACCUCCACUCCAUUUUGGAGUGCCAAAUCGAAAUUGAGUAAGGAUGAUAGCAAAAGCUCUGAAGAAGACAUGUGUUUUGCUGCUACUCAGAUUUUGCCAGACCCUGGCUCAAGCAGAAUUGGUGUUUCACCAAGUCCCAUUCCAACAAGAAACAGCCCAGGAAAAAGUUUAAAUCUAAGUCAUGAUAUAUUCAAUGAUUCAACUCGAAUUUGGCCAAGCCCUGGGUCAAGCCGAAAAACUAGGAGUCAAAAUAGCCAAGAUAACGUCAAUCCUUGUGAUUCCUCAGAAGAGAAACCUAGCCAGACAAGAUCUUCAAGUGAAAAUGUAAAUCAUAACAGCCCUGGGCCGAGCUACAGAAGAAGCAGUCAAAAUUUACUUAAAGAAACUGAUAACAUUUCUGAACCUUCGAGUGUUGCUACAAGAAGAACUCCAGGCCUUCUUCCAACUCCAGAAUUGGCUGGUCCUGGUCCACGCUCAAGCAGGAGAACAAGUGAUCAAAGUCCAUGUAAAGAAAAUAGCUUUUCUGCCUCAGGUGCACUGGAAGUUUCUUGCACAACUCCAAGCAUGGGAGACAGCAGUAAAAGUCCCUCAAAAGAGAGCACUGUGCCAGUCAAACCAUCACCUAAGUCGGCUGAAAUGAGACCAGCUCUUGGAUCAACGGAAUUGAGCAAAGUUGAUCCCAUAUCCCCCAAACCUUCUUCCUCUCGCAGAAGUGUUUCUUUUGCUGAGAACAUUCAGGUUUUGUCCAAUCCUGGAAGUACUACCCAAGUUGCAGGAAUUGAAAAGCUCUCUAAAUCAACGGCUCAAACUCGAAGCAAAAGGAGCCCCAAGAAACGUCCUAGUCUUGAGAAACAAGGUAAUAAAAAGAAACGACACUUAGGGUCUUCUGUAUUGGAAGUUGACAUUGAAGAAUCAAGUAGUGAUUCAAAUAAGUCUCAAGAUUGUUUGAUUGAUGAGGGUAGUCCUCUGCCCGCUCAACAAAAUGAAGACAAUGCUAUUAGUGAUGCAGAAGAACCUGUGCAGGCAAGAACUUCAACCUCUGCUCAAUCACCCAUGAAAAAUGUAAAUCAACAACAAACUUCUUUGUUCGAACAUGAAUCCACUAGUCCCAUAGUAUCACGCAGUAAAGGCAGGAGAACAUUAUCCUUGUCUAGGUCCAAAUUUAGCCCUCAAGGUUUCAUGUCUCCAGAGGGACUAGCUGGAAAAAUGUCUUCUGAUGAUUCUUCACCAAAAUUGGAAGGAGUAAUGGCUUCACCUACAGAGCCAAAUGAUGAGAAGCCCAACGAGAUCAUAGGAAAUGUGACCUCUGCACCGAAUUCCCAGCCUUCCAAGCAAGAGGCUGCUGCAAAAGUGGCGAGAAUAAUACCUUCCUCCAAACAGCCAAAGAAUGAGGAGCCAAAUGAGAUUAAAAAUGUUACGACUGUCACAAGAAAUUCCCAACCUUCUGAGGAUGAGGCUGCCACAAAGGGUUCAAAACCACCAAAGUCAUUAGAAGGUUCCACACUUGAAAAGAAAGAUGGGCCUAUCAGGGAACCUAAAAGUAAAGGUGCUUCCACAAAAGGAAAAAGUAAGAAAACCACAAAUUCCCAGUCUAAUGUUUCAGCAGAAGCUCAUGAAAGUGCACAGCCUCAAGUAGAAGAGACCUCAGAAAAAUCAAAUUCAAAAAUUGGGUUGUCUGGCCAAUCAAGAUUAAGCAGAUCAACACAACAAGCAUCCCAGGACAUUUCUUCAGAGGCCUCUGUAGUCAGCAAAAUAUCUAUUCGGACUAAGAAUCAACCCUCUAAGAAGCCUAUUAAAAAAUCAGGAACCGUAACUGAAGCUGAAAGUUCAACCACUCUAGAGCCUUCUGACAAUAAGUUGGCCAACACUUCGAAAGAAACUAAGUGCAACUCUCAAAAGGUUGCAGAUUCUAAGUCUGGAGAUUCUGAUUCAACCUCUCUUGCUAAGGACAGUGCUUCAGUGAAUGAAUCAACGCCUGCCAAGUCAUCUCGGCGUUCUUCACUUAAAAAACAGGAUGGCGUUACUAAAGAAUCAAAACCUAAACCUGGACCAGCAAAAAAGAUUAAAGCCAGUAAAAAUAAAGACAGCCAAAGUCAAGAUAAUUUGGUAUCAGAUGGAGAAGGACGAAGAACCACUCGAGCAAGAAGGCAACCAGACAAAGACAUCAAAGGUACUGAACUAAAUAUUAAUGAGCAGAUAAACUUAAAGAAAAUUUCAGAAUCUUCUAAUAGUCUUGAAUCCAUUCCUGAAGAUGUGAGUGCUCCCCAGAGUCAAGGCGGAAGACCCACUCGUGCCAAGAGACAGCUUGUCACAGUACCUGAAGACCACACAUCAGCUGCUGGGAGUGCUUCUCAGACGAGCAACUCAUCUGCUGCUGGUGAUCGUAGGUCAAGCCGCCUCAGGAAACAAACUGUAGCUUUAAAAGACUAUGACUGCUCUGGUGAGAGUCAAAGCCAAGAAUCAAGUUCCACUGAUCAAGUCAGUGCUGCAAGCAGCAGUGAUCACCCCAAAGGAAGGAAAUCUAGCCGUAACACAAAACAGAAAAAUGAUGCAAAAUCAGGCCCGCAAGUGAAGGGUGUUAAACGCAUUUCGUCAGAUGUAGCUGAUCAAGACACUAUGCCUUCCAAACAGCCUCGGACAAAAAGUGAUUUGUCUUUGACCUUGGAAACUAGUGUCCAAACUACCAAUGUACUGGACAUAAGUGCUGGGCCAUCAUCACUUAAGAGAGAAAAUACAUUAAAUGAUUCAGUAGAUUCAGAACCUGAAAGCAAACGCCGCAGAGGCAGACUUGACAGUGUUGCUUCAAUAAACUCAAGUCCUCGAAGGAGCCCUCGGCAGAGCUUCAGAGGAGCUGCAUCUACGUCUACCAUUCGCAUUUUGUUUUCUUUUUACAAUAAUCCAAGGCAGGAAUCUUUUAUGAAGCAGCUUGGUGCUUCUAUUGUCAACGAUGUUGACUCUGCCGAUGUUCUGGUUACUGAUAAAUUAAGGAGAACUGUUAAACUUUUAAGUAUAGUUGGAAAAGGUCUUCCAGUUGUAAGUCCUAGUUGGCUUCUUCAAUGCAAGCGUGCUGGGCGAUUACUGGAUCCAUGGGAGCAUUUGCUAUCAGAUCUCGAGUCUGAAGCAAAAUUUAAUAUGAAGCUUGAAGAAUCUCUAAAAAAAGCAGCUGGUCAACCUAUCCUUCAGGAUCAGCAUAUUUUUGUUACAGAAAGUGUAAAGCCAGAACCUGAAGAAAUGAAAGCCAUUAUUCUGAGCUGUGGUGGCCACUGCCUCCCUCGUGUGCCAAGCGUUUGGCCCAACAAUAGUAUUAUCAUUUCCUGUGAGGAGGAUAAAAACGUCUGGAGUAACUUAAAGGGAAAGGUCUCUAUCGUAUCGGCCGAAUGGCUGCUCUCAGGCGUUUUGAGACAGCAACUUGAGAGUAAGAAGUUCCUCCUGAAGAGAAUUUAGCAAGAUGUUAAUAUUGUUAUUGUCCCUUUUAAUUCAGCCAAAGUCAUUCUUUAAAAAAAAUAUUUUUUUUUUUUAUACUUUAUGUUUCUAUUGUAUCAUGAAACAUUCUCUUCUAGAGAUACUAUGGCAAUAAAAUUUUGUUCUGCUGAAGCUGAA